UAUACCCACAAUAGUCGCAUAGUACUAUCUUCUCACACAACUCCAAUGGCUGCAGCAACACCAUGGGAAGAGCUCUUAGGCUCCAAGAACUGGGACACUCUCCUAGACCCACUAGACCAAUCACUUCGCCAGCUCAUUCUCCGUUGCGGCGACUUCUGUCAAGCCACUUACGACUCUUUCGUCAACGACCAAAACUCCAAGUACUGUGGAGCCAGCCGCUACGGCAAGUCUUCCUUCUUCGACAAGGUCAUGCUGGAAAACGCUUCUGACUACCAAGUCACGAGCUUCCUCUACGCCACGGCUCGCGUCUCUCUCCCCGAAGGUUUGCUUCUCCGCUCUCAGUCACGAGAUUCUUGGGACCGUGAGUCUAACUGGUUCGGUUACAUCGCUGUAACGUCUGAUGAACGGAGUAAGUCCUUAGGACGCCGUGAGAUCUACGUGGCUCUUAGGGGGACGAGUAGGAACUAUGAGUGGAUCAAUGUUUUGGGAGCUAGGCCUACUUCAGCUGACCCGUUGCUGACCGGACCGGAACAGAACGGUUCUGGUUCCAAGGUAGUUGAAACUCUUAGUACUCAUGGUAGCGACAGUGAAGAUGAGGAAGGGUGUAAGGUGAUGCUCGGGUGGCUCACGAUCUACACUUCUGAUCACGCUGAAUCGAAGUUCACUAAGAUGAGUCUACGGCUACAGCUGUUAACUAAGAUCAAGGAGCUUCUAUUGAAGUACAAGGACGAGAAGCCGAGCAUUGUGUUGACUGGACAUAGCUUGGGAGCCACAGAGGCUGUUCUAGCCGCUUAUGACAUAGCUGAGAACGCUUCCAGUGAUGAUUAUCCGGUCACUGGGAUCGUGUUUGGUUGUCCACAAGUGGGUAACAAGGAGUUCAAGGACGAAGUAACGCGUCACAAGAACUUGAAGAUCCUCCAUGUAAGGAACACUAUUGAUCUCUUAACUAGAUAUCCUGGAGGACUCUUGGGGUAUGUUGAUAUAGGAACCAACUUUGUGAUCGAUACAAAGAAGUCACCUUACCUAAAGGACUCAAGGAAUCCAGGAGACUGGCACAAUCUUCAGGCAAUGCUCCAUGUGGUUGCAGGAUGGAACGGGAAGAAAGGAGAUUUUAAACUGAUGGUGAAGAGAAGUAUUGCAUUGGUGAACAAGUCAUGUGAGUUCUUGAAAGAUGAGUGUUUAGUGCCAGGUUCUUGGUGGGUGGAGAAGAACAAAGGAAUGAUCAAGGAUGAAAAUGGUGAGUGGGUCAUUGCUCCAGUUGAAGAAGAACCGGAACCUGAAUUCUAAACUGGAUUUGUCUAUGUUUCAUGUUAAUCAAAAAUAAAAGAAGCUCUUGUGUGUGAUGAAAAACAACGUAAGUUAUUUUUAUAUGUGUUAUGAUUGUUGUUACUACAUGGUAGAGAAACCCCAUUACAUGCAGCUUUAGCAGCAAA